GACAAGCGUAUCGUGGAGGAGUUUGACAGCGUGCGCGACAUUUGGUGGGGCAAGGUCAACAUCAAGUUGGAGGAGGCUGUGUUCGAGAUCAACCGUGAGCGAGCCGUGGACUACCUGAACACUCAGAAACGGCUUUACGUUGUGGACGGCUUUGCAGGCUGGGACGAGGAGUACAGAAUCCCGAUCCGCGUCAUCACCUCUCGGGCAUAUCAUGCCCUCUUCAUGCAGAACAUGCUGGUUCCGCCCUCGAAGUCGGAGCUCUACCAAUUCGAGGCCAGUGCCUUCCCCCGGCCCUUCGUGAUCUUCAACGCAGGCUGCUUCCCAUGCAACCGGCACACCGCGGGGAUGACCUCGACCACUUCCGUGUCGUUGUCGCUCUGCCGGGGGGAGAUGGUGAUCCUUGGCACGCAGUACGCAGGGGAGAUGAAGAAGGGAGUCUUCACGGUGAUGAUGUAUCACAUGCCCCUGCGACCUGAGCGGCAUCUGGGCCCCGCAGACAGGGCCUUGCCACUGCACUCUUCCUGUAAUGUGGGCCCUGAGGGAGAUGUGUCCCUGUUCUUUGGGCUUAGUGGCACAGGGAAGACGACUCUCAGCGCGGACCCGGCGAGGAAGCUGAUUGGGGACGACGAACAUGUCUGGACCUCCAAGGGCGUCUUCAACAUCGAGGGCGGCUGCUAUGCCAAGUGCAUCAACCUCUCCCGGGAGAAGGAGCCCGAGAUUUACGAUGCCAUUCGCUUUGGCAGUGUGCUGGAGAAUGUGGCCUUCGAUGAGUGGAGCCGAAAAGUUGACUAUGACAACGUCUCCCUCACGGAGAACACACGGUGCGCAUACCCCUUGCACUACAUCCCCAAUGCGCUGAUCCCGGCAAAGAUCGACAGCCACCCAAGCAACGUGAUCCUGCUGACCUGCGAUGCCUUCGGUGUGCUACCACCGAUCUCCAAGCUCACGAAAGAGCAGCUGGUGGAUGCCGUGCACGACGGCACGCUGGCGGCCCUGGCGGACGAG